GAGCUCUCUGGUCGAAACAUCUGCAUGUUUUUGUACGAUCUCGUACAAAGACUGAUCUCAAUCCAUCAAAUCGUGUGCUGGAGCGGUUCAGAUCGUCAAGCACUUCUACAUUAUCCUCUCAUCUGACAUGCAUGAAGUUCCUCCCUCUCCGGGAAAUCACGCUCAACUCACGACCGUUAGUCAAGCGAGCCAUUCAAUUCUCCUGCGACGGAGAUCUCGCUGUCACUGCGGAUGACUCCGUGCACAUUUUCGUGCCCGAGUUUCCGGACCUGUCCAAGCAUAGGGAAAGUCGGAAGCGUCAGUCAGGUAUCCAGGACCGUGGACUCGCUGUCGAAGAGGCCUGGUCCGGUGAAGACAAGUCGUCUUCAUCUGAGGAAGACGGCGAGGGCAAUGCAGUUCCCAGAAGAUACAACUAUCAGCCCUUUCGGUCCCAAUACUCCGAGGGGAGCAAGCACAUGCCUGUUUCAUACCCUCCCCUAGAUCCCCGCGUCAACAGAGAACUCUACACUGCCGCAAACCUUCCAUUCCCUUACGAGGGUGCCGUUGACGCUGAUGCCGAAGCCCGGUCAAACGAUAGCAGCGAUGAAUCGGUCGGAUCUGAGGCAUAUGGCUCGGACGGCAAUGAGGGUGAGGGUGCCGGUCUCGGUUUUAACCGACCCUACGGCGCAGGCUAUGGCCCCAUCAGUGGGGUUGGUAGCAGCAUGAACCACGUUGUGUCCAUUGCCUGGUCGCCAUCCGGGCUGGGCGUGAAUCGCCGCCCUGUCUUGGCCGUCCUGACUGGCUCAGGCACGCUCACCAUGUACGGGGAGAGCAGCGCGUUUACAAACAUCUUGCCACGCGCCAACGAAGGGAUGUUGCAGCGCCGCGAGCUAAAUUCCUGGAUCGUGCUGUGGGGCGUUGGCGAACGCUUGAUGGUUCCGGGGCAGCAGACCGAAAUCAGCGAGUGCAUUCGUGGCUUCGCCUGGGCACGUGAGAUGGCUCCCGGUCAGGCUCUACUGGCUACCAUCAACGAUUUGAAUGAGAUAGCCAUCAUUAGCGUUCAGACUGUCUCCGUAAAGGACGAGACCAAGGCCAAGGGCGACUUGUCGUUCCAGAUAGAACCGACUGAGACUGUAGUUUGGUUAGUGCGCGAAGUUGCGCGCUUCAAGGCUGAGGGACCACAUACGACAACAGAUCCGAUGGAUCCGGAUUUUGUCCCUUGUGGCACUUCAUUUGGUCUCAGUUGGAGCCCAUGGCUGGAGACCGGCGGCUCAUGCACCAGCCUUCUUUCCUUCAUUGACCGGAACUACGUCGGCUUCAGAAGAAUCACCGUAAAGGAGCCUUGGAUCAGGGGCGAGGCACCGAACCUUGUGGUCGAAAGCAAGGAUAUAGGUGGAAGAUGCCUGCACUUGUCGAGCGACGCAUUCGUGGAGUUCGAGGAUGGCAUCUGGACACAAGGCCCUAGCAGCUCGUGUCGGGGAAUAAUUGUCACUGGCUUUCGAAUAAAGCCCUUUGAAGUAGUCGUAUCUGGCGGCCCAACCUCCGCGCAGGAGAAGCAUAGAAUAUGGGACUGCGAGACGGCAUAUGAUUAUGCUACUGACCGGGCUUCUCAGAAUCCCAUUGUCGACCUUGUGAUUCACCCACCCGAUCUCGGGAACCCGACACCGACUCCGCUCUACACUCUGAUUCGCAUGUCCGCUACCCCUACAACUAAGGAUUGGUACGAAACCAACGUCCCUCCUACCGUAAACACGAUGGUAGACUCGCGACCACAGUGGGUCCGGUCCAUCGCGCAAAAGCUCGAAGUUCAGAUCCCCGUCGAUAUGUACCUCAAGCGUAGUUACAACGGUGAGAGCGAAUCGGACGAAGGUACCGGCUCGGGUUCAGAGAACGACGUUGAAGGCGAUAUGGAUGAGCUCGGCGUGGAAUCAGAUGAUGACGAGAACGUCAACAGUGAGCUCGGCUAUAAUCAGAUUGUCGAAACACCAGAAAUCCACCCUUAUCGGUUCCGCCUUCACGGCCUAACUCUCUCUCCGGGCGGUGGAGUAGCCGCUGUCCUUGCCAGCAGUCACAGCACCCAGCACCCAGAACGAGGUGGAUGGCAUACUGUGCGAUCGAGCGUUCUGUUUGGGUACAAACCGCGGCGGAGGCGGAAGCACCAAGAACCACAGAACUCGAACGACCUAGCAGACAGCCAACUGAUCGACCCGCAAGUCAUGAACAUGAACAUGGACCUUGACAACACCAAGAGUGACGUCAACUCUCAACUCACCACCGAGGCCAAACUUUUUGAGUACCUCUACGGCGGGGGACCAGAGGUGCCAGGCAUACACUAUUACCCAGCAGACAGCGCUGACGGUGAGCAACGUGGCAACCGCGAAGCACUACGCCGCCUGUUUGGCCACGCCGUAGCGAACCAAGUGUGCGACCUAUGCGGCGCCAAGAUGGACAUUCGUAAGGGCAAGCUUAGCGGUUGCAAAAAUGGGCAUUUCUUUGGGACGUGCGCUACCUCUGGGUUGGCGGUGCAAACGCCCGGCGGCACGCGAAGCUGUGGAGCAUGCGGACUCAGGACCAUGAGGGUCGAGGUGCUUAUGGAGAAGAUGCCCGAGGACAAGAGGGAGGAAGUGAGAAAAGCUGUUGGGGAAGGGGUAUGUGGUGCCUGCGGCGGGAAGUUCUUGAGUUGAUGACCCGGCCGCGGAGGGCUAGCAGGCAAGGGACAGUAUGGAUAUGGGGAGUAGAUCUGCCUCAGUGAGAGUAAUCCGGGGUUUUGCUAUCCCAAGGAACUCGUGCCGAUAUAUUAUAUACACUAGAGCGAUCAUCACGCCUGUUUAAAGGUAUCCUGGAUUUGCUUACUGCUCAUCGCUGGAGCCGCCACUUGGGCUGGAUAUCACCCCAACGUCGCUUGAAAGAUGCAGGUUUAAACACUAAGAAGGCCUUCCUAAGCUGAC